AUGGAUCGAUCGGCACUUACGAUGGGUCCAGGUAAUUUUGGCGUCGCGAGGUUGAUGAGGGAUAAACUGACUAACGAGCUUGUUGCAGUCAAGUAUAUCGAGAGAGGUGAGAAGAUAGAUGAAAAUGUGCAAAGGGAAAUUAUCAACCACAGAUCACUCAGGCACCCCAACAUUGUUAGAUUCAAAGAGGUCAUUUUGACACCAACUCAUCUUGCUAUUGUAAUGGAAUAUGCAUCUGGUGGAGAAUUGUUUGAGCGCAUAUGUAAUGCUGGGAGGUUUCCAGAAGAUGAGGCGCGAUUCUUUUUCCAGCAGCUCGUUUCAGGAGUGGGUUAUUGUCAUAAUAUGCAAGUAUGUCAUCGCGACUUGAAACUGGAAAACACACUUUUAGAUGGCAGCCAAGCUCCCAGGCUCAAGAUUUGUGAUUUUGGAUAUUCCAAGUCAUCUGUUCUGCAUUCACAACCGAAAUCAACAGUUGGAACACCUGCAUAUAUUGCUCCUGAAGUCUUACUAAAGAAAGAAUAUGAUGGCAAGAUGGCAGAUGUGUGGUCAUGUGGUGUAACAUUAUAUGUAAUGCUUGUGGGAGCUUACCCUUUUGAAGACCCUGAAGAACCUAAGAAUUUUCGCAAGACAAUACAGCGAAUUCUUAACGUUCAGUACUCGAUUCCUGCCUAUGUUCAUAUUUCCACUGGAUGCCGCCAUUUGAUCUCCAGAAUCUUUGUAGCUGAACCUUCUAAGAGAAUAACGAUGGAUGAGAUUAGAAACCAUGAAUGGUUUAUGAGGAACCUUCCGGGAGACCUUAUGAAUGAUAAUGCAAUAGAUCAAUUUGGAGGGCCGGAGCAACCCACACAAAGUGUUGAUGAAAUUAUGCAGAUAAUAGCGGAAGCUACUAUUCCCCCAGCUGGGGCCCACAACCUCAACCAGUAUCUGACUGGCAGCCUGGACAUCGAUGAUGACAUGGACGAGGAUCUUGAAAGUGAUCCGGAUCUUGAUAUUGACAGCAGUGGGGAGAUUGUAUACGCCAUGUAAGAUUAUAGAUACUUUCAUAAUCCUUGUAAUUUAUCAUCAUCAUCAUCAUCAUCAUCAUAUACCACGAAAGACCGGGUUUUAUCGUGUUUGGUCAACGUAUUGUUGUGAAACAUAUGAUUGUUGUAUUGUAUGUUUUUGCCCAGUUAAUCGGCAUAUAUGUACUCAUAAAAAGAUUGUAAAUUGUUGUACGACAGAUUUACACUUGCUUUGUUUGUAAAAAGUUACAUCUUAAUGGGGAAAGUCUUGUUUUCUUGAUUUUCUGCAUUAAGUCCAAAAGAAACACCAUGCUAUGGAA